AUGGAGGACGACCUGGUGUCAGAGGAUGAUAUCUGUGAGUAAUGGUAUCACACAGCAGCUGAAGGUCCACAUCUGGCAGCAGCAGCAGGAUGUCCGUGUGGACCUGAGAGAGACAAACACGUUAUUCCCCCGCUGUUCCAGUUUAACCCCGUACUGGUGUCCAGUCUGGUUACACUGUGAUUCUUGUCAGAAAUGGUUAUUUACUGAUAUAUUUACGGUUUUCAAUCAAUAUUCACUGUAUGUUAAUUAACAAAUAAUUAGUUUAUUUGUAGCCUUUGGGAUUUAGUAACUGCCUCCACAUUAAUAGUCCAGUUUCUCUGUUUUCAGAGUUGAAGAGGCUUUAGUAACAGUGUGAUAACAGAGGGACUAACUCAAUCUGUCCGGAAGGUCGUCCAUACAUUGAAGGACAUCACUGCGUGUCUGUGACGGACUGAUACUGUUAAUGGACUGAUUAUGAGGGUUUUAUUUAUGUUCCCAUGAAGUUCGUUUUCAAAAGAAUGUAAUUACAAAACCACAAAUUUAAUCAAUAAAUCAGCUUUGAGGCCAUUUUAACUGGCUGUAACUCAGCCGACUAUACUCUCCUGUACUGUACAGAGAUUAAACAGACCAGACAAACUUUGACUUUCCUGCAUUCGAAGGACAAACGUCCCCAUUUGACUCAGACACAUUUCCAUGAUCAUUCCUGUCACCUGCUCUGAGAUGAGCUGCUGAAUUUCUUGUCUUUUCUUAAAUCUGACCCCAGUCUGUGCAGUUCUGUUCUGUACUUAAAUGUGGUGCAUCCUUAUGGUUAAGAGCAACCAUCAGUCAGAUCAGGCCGCCCAGUCAGCAGUAGCAACAAUGAUUGUCCACCUGAGAACACCUGGUCCUAUUUUAAGACAUUUGAACUUACUGGGGUAUGAACGAUUUUCUUGUUUUCAGUGUUUGUUAAUUACACACAGACUCAUCAAGGCCCACAAAUCUGUCUAACCUGAAGAAACACAAUAAAUUAUGUCCCUAAAUAUUUGUUUAAUUUUGUUGAGCAAGCUCUCUGUGCUCACAGUAACUUUAGUUUUAGUUUAUGGCUGAUUGUUCCUGCUGUUGUUCCUCGUGUUUCAGAGCUGCAAAUCUGGAAAUUUAAAGCAUGUGAGCUGACAAAUGCAGGAGUACAACAAUGGUUAAAAUAAUGAACUUUGAAUAUUUUGGUAUUUUAUUUUUCUAAUGUAAGUUGCCUAAUAAGCAACUUUGAAUAAUAUCAGAGUAACACAUGACCAGGAGGCUCUAUAUUUGGACCCAGGUGAUGGAUUUGUGUUGUCUGUCCACCACAUAUUGUGGACCAUUAAUCGCCUACAGCUUAUAAUGUGGAGGUCACAGCAUACUGCUGCUGCUUUUAGACGUUAACCCCAACCCAUGUGGAAAUCUCUGUGUGUUUGUGUGUCCCCCCUGUUAGUGCUGGUUUCUGAAAAAGAGCUCCACGAUGCUGCAAAGAGAAAUGACACAGAGAAACUACUGGAGCUGAUCAGGAAGGGUGUGGACGCCAAGGCCAAGAACAAAGUAAGUGUUUGAUUUUUACUGAUCUGGAGCCAGUGUUUUAGUCAGAGUUUAGUCUAGUCAUCGAUCUUUUAACUUCUGCACCACAUCCAGACCUUUACAUGUUCAACUGAAGCUCACUCAUGGAUACAUUAAAAAGAGAUUAGCUUGAACAACCACAUAACUCUGUACAAUAAUCAUUACUGAAAUGUUGACAUUAUGUCUAAAUAAAUACUGCAUAACAUCAAUAUUGAAAUAAAUAAAAUACAUGACUGUUUGUGCAUCAGCUGUAACUUUGAGUUGCUGAGACUUUUGAUCUGGAUUAGUGCUUGAACUAAUGAUUGUUUUUAUUGAGAAUAGAUUUUCAAGUUACUUAAUAAUUUAUAUUCUUAAAAAUGUUUAAAAUGGUUAACGGCUAGACUCAAGACAUGCUUCCUUUGCCAAACAAAACCAAAAUACUUUAAUUUUUUUAUCCUGCAGAAAACACUGCAGAUCCUUAAAUGAGGGAGGCUUUAACGAAAACUUUUCUAUGAGAAAAGCUGCUGUUUUUUGGAUUUCUGUUCUCCUGUUAUCUAUUAUAUCCACAGAUACUUGAAUAACAUGUGUCAUUUCAGCUGUGCUCAGAGUUAUGUUCGGUCGUGUACCUCUCUGUCUGUCUCUGCACAGGUCGAUCGGAAAGCUCUGCACUGGGCAGCAGGAGCUGGGAAUGAACAGGCUCUACGCCUCCUCCUGGACCACGACACUGACAUUGACGAGAAGGACUCUGUACGUGCACGGCUGUCGUAAACCUCUCAAGUUUGCCACAGUUUUUAUUUGUUCCUUGAAAUAAAUAUUAAAGUUUGUCGUAUAUAAUAGUAGAACAGUGAUUGAUAUCUAGUCCCAUUUGUGUUCCUGACAAACUUUUAAAAGAACAAAAAGGCAAAGUUUUUGUUUUUUUUAAUGUAUUUUGACGUUCUCUCACUUAAACAAAGUUUAAUCCUAAAUCUUCUCAUCACUGUAAAUGUUUGGAUUGUAUAAUCAUCAGCGCAUAAACUCUGUGUCCUGUCAUCAUAUGCAGAAUCAUAAUAAACAGAUAAUAUCGACUUAGCUAUAGUGUUACCUCUGCAGAGAUCUGAGGGACAAGAUUGUUAAUUCUCUCUCCAAAAUACACAAAAUACUGAGCAUGUGUUCAUUAUCAAAGUGUUUCCAUUUAUUACUCACUCAGGCUUCAGCAGCUUAUAGUUUAGGGUAUUUCCAAAUAAUGAUAAUACAUUAAAUACGGACAGACUGGUUACAGCAGAUCAAACUCUAAAGGGACUUUUACUCCCUUUUUAAUCCAGUUAGAAAGCUUUGAGACUGAAAAACAGCCACUGGACCAAACAGACACACAGUGGAUUUGUCACAUUUGUUCCCUCAGAGCUUCACUGUCGUAUACCUCUGAAAUGUUCUCUCACAGUUUGGUAUGAAUGCUCUGCUACUGGCUUCCUGGUUCGGUCACCUGAAGAUCCUGCAGGUCCUGGUGUCCUGUGGAGCAAAACUCAACUGUACAAACAAAGUGAGACCUGCUUCAUUUCAUCAUAAUGACACACUCAAACUGGAAGGUGACUAUUAAACUGACUCACUCAGACUGUAUGUAUGUGUGUGUGCGUGUGGAUGUGUGUGUUAGGAUGGUCUGAGCAUGCUGCACUGUGCCGCACAGAGAGGCCACAUCAGCGUCCUGGAGUUCAUCAUGGAGGACCUGGAAGAUGUUCGCCUCGACAGAGUUGACAAUGUGACUCAUUCAUAUAUUUAUAGUAUUUGGAGCAGAAAAGGAAACAUUUAUAUCCUGUUUUUCCUACUAAAGCUUUUAUACCACAGUAAUGGAUUUGUGAUUGGCUCUGUUGUUCAUGAUUUUCUUCUGAAAAUCCAUUUUGACUUCAACACAUGUUGAUAAAUCUGAAACAAAUCUUUUUCUCGAGGUUAAAGUUGCAGGAGAUAAAGUUCUGGGAGUCCAAAUGUGUAUCUGUGUGCUGGAUUUUAUGAGGUGGUGAAGGACUUUUAGAAGGCUGAACACUUCUUAGUGCUUGUUUUUAUUUGUUUUAAAAACACAAAAUAUAACCAAUAAAAUGCAAAACACUUCUAGCUGAUAUAAGAAUAAGAAGAACUUUAUCUCCGAAGGGAAAUUCAAUUGUCUGUAGUCUCAUUUAUCAUGUCUCAAAAAACAAGUCAUAUUUAUAAAAAAAUAUAGCAAAAAUUACAUACAAUACAGAGAGACCAGACUUCUCGGUUUAAGUGCAUCAUUUGAUGUAUUUAACAUGGUAGAAGUAUGAUAGUCUUACAUGCAGUUUCUGAUCUUAUCUCUCCUGUUUUAUUAGAAAUGGCAGUAGAGGAUCCAAACUCAAAGAAUUGAAAAUGUACAGAUAUUAUUUCAGUGGUGUUGGUCUCACAGGGUUUCAUUUGCAGCUUUCAUUGACAAUUGUCCAUUUUUGUGGUAUUGUUCUCCUACACAUGUGCAUACUGACAUUAUUCUCACAUGUGUAGGUUAAAUAAAAAAAGCUGAGCUAUAUGACAUGUCGCUAACCAGCUGAUGUCUCUGUGAGCAGUCAGGAAAGACAGCUCUUCACCUGGCUGCAGAACACGGACAGAUUGACGUGGUGGAGUUUCUGAUUGGGAUGGGUUGCACUCAUGCUCUGAAGGACAAGGUGAUCACACACACACACGCACGCACGCACGCACGCACACACACACACACAAACAUGUGAAUUUGUAAUUGUACCAGAGUAAACAAUUAGUCAUUGUGCACAAAGUAAAUACAAAUUUUCAAAUUGCAACUUCUGAAUGAUUACGCUUUAUUUGUUCAGUUGCUAUGACCGCACCUUGGUCAAAGGUUAUAUAAGUGAAAAUACAUCCAUCACUCCAGCAUUUUUAAGCUGUCUGUACUCAAAUACAGCUAAAAGCAGGAUGUGUCCUGACUUUGAAUCCUGUCUUCACUGAGCAGCUGCCACCUCACACAGCUGGGUCAGAGUCAGUGUUUCCUCCGUGCUGGUCAGUGUCACAUGGUCAUGCUGGUCACAUGGUCAGAGCAUAUAACACCAGUUUUAGCAUCGCUGCAUUGGCUCCCCGUCCGUUUCAGGAUUGAUUUUAAGGUUCUUUUAUUAGUUUUUAGAUGUAUUAAUGGUCUUGGCCCCUACUAUUUAUCUGACUUACUUUUACCAUAUCGACCCUCGCGGACCCUGAGGUCCUCCGGCACAGGCCUUUUAACCUUACCCAGAGUCAAAACAAAAACACACGGGGAGGCGGCGUUCAGUUUUUAUGGUCCCUGGUUGUGGAACAGCCUGCCGGAGAUCCUCAGGGCUGCAGAGACUGUUGAUAUUUUUAUGAGGAGGCUCAAGACUCACUUUUUUAACCAGGCUUUUUACUAAUUGCCAUUUUAGAUUUCUCUUAUUGCAAAUGUUAAUUUUAAUCAAAGUUCUUAAUGUUUAUUUUAUGUCAUUCUAUCCAUUAUCUCUGUUCUUAGCCUUUUUUAAUCUUAAUUUCCCGUUAGUUUUAAAAUUUUCCCUUUUAUUUAUUUGUUCAUUUAAUAUUAUUAUCUUCUUAUUUUAGUCCAUCAGGUUUUACUCUUUUCACCAUUUUUAUCUCUAUUUGUGUCUUCAGUGUUUCCUAACGGUAGCUCUUUCCUCAUGUAAUGUCUCGGGACAGGCCAUGUCUCUUUAAAUUAUAUCAGAAAUUCUAACACUGUGUGCGGUUGUGUGUGUGUGUGUGUGCGUAUGUGUGGGUGAGUUAUGGUGGGUGUGUGUCUUUGUGUGCGACCAUGGGUGUGUGUGUGGGUGGAAGGGUUGGGUUUUUGUUUUUAUUGUUGUUUUUAGCCUCUGUGAGGCACUUUGAAUUGCAUUUCCUCAUGCACGAAAAACGCCAUAUAAAUAAAGCUGAAUUGAAUUGAAUUGGUUUACACUGAGAGAGUAGAGUCCACUUAGAACCAGAACAGCCACAGUGGUGCGUGUUGUGAGCCACAUAAAUGACUUCUUUUCAUAGUCUGAGUUUUGAUUUAGUAUAUGUUCUGGAGAUAAUGAUUUUAUAUUCAACCUUAUGAGAGAUCAGAGCUUGCACAGUGAAACUAAGAUGGUAUCCAACAUGAUGGGGUUAUUAUGAGUAAGGUAGUUUCAUCAUCAUGAUAACAAGUUGAUUUUUCUCAAGUAACUUCUAAUAACAUGUUGAUUUGUAUUAAUAGUAAAGAAAUAAAAUGCAGCGAAAAGUUCACUGUUGACAAGUCAUGUAAAAGUAAUUCCCCUGUUUUGUGAGUUUAUUAUCAUCAAGAAAUACAAGUUCAAGUCAGGUACUGAACCACCAGACCACUAUGAGCCCAGUACUGUGUGAACAUGUGGUUGAGUUUUCUCUGUGCAGUGUCAUCACCUUUCAGCAGCUGUUGACUUUACCUUUGAGACCCUGAGUUAAGCAUUUCUGCUAGUGUCCAUGACAGUUUUGGGGCGCUGAACUGAAUGACAAAUAAGAGGGUUGGAAUAGUUUAUUGAGCCUCUAUCUUGAUAUCUCUAAGGUCAGACACUGUUGAGCUUCAAACCAGCCCAUGCCAACACCCUCUCCUGCUCAUGUUGGUGGAUGAUGUGUGCACAGAGGAAGUUGUCUCUAGUUAUGAUGUGUUGUUUUGUCUGGACUUCAGGAGGAGAACACUGCAGCACAUCUAGCAGCCAAGUUUGGGCACACAGAGGUCCUGCAGAAGAUCAUUGAGACCGGAGUGGACGUGGAUGACAGAAACAUUGUAAGUGAAAUGUUCUGGGCUGCCUUCUCACAGGUCCAAGUUUUUACUUCCUUAAAAGGUGGGGUGAUUGUCAUGUCUAAUUUAUUUCCAUAUUUAUGACAGAUGCACUGUCUCAUCGUGCCUUCUGGCUUCUUACUGAGAGCUUUAUACCACAACGAACUGAACACAUUUGAUCACAGCCAAGUUUAAGUCUAUGAAUUACAAGACUUGAGUCUGUUUGGAUAUGCAGCUUUUUUCACUGAUGUGUGUCAACUUUGGGCCUCUGGUUUGUGGUGCUGAGACCCAUGAAAGGUUAAAAGAUGGAAGAAAAAGAAUUGAUCUCCUGUAUUCUGUGUACUCCAAAUAGAUUGAACGUAUCUGUGGCAGCUGUUUAUCCAGCACAGCACCCUCAUAAGGAUAAUAAAUGGACUGAGGUAUUGAUAAUAUGGUACAGGACCUGCAAAAGUGCUAACCUUAAGAAGAAUGGAUGAAUGCUACAUGAAGAGCAAACAGAGCAGAGAGUUAGAGUCCUCUUACCUCAGUUCAGUACAGAGACCAAAGGUGCUGGACCAAGUCCUUUCAAAUGUUUCCCACCCCAAAAUAGAAUUUAGUUAAAACCUUACAGUGUAUAAAUCACAUUCCUCACAGUGCAAUGCAACAAUGCAAUGACCCACCAUCUCUGUAAGUUUUUUUACAAUGAAGUUCAGAUAUUUUUCGCCGUAAGGCAGAAAAAAUGAAAUGGGAAAUAAUGAAAAGGACCUCAACUGACUGCAAAACAAAAUUCAGUGAAAAGUUCGUUUUUAUCUGAAGACAAAAAGUUUGGAAAGGAAUGCAAAACAAUUCAGAUGAGACAAUGAGUUUCAGUUUAUAGCCUCUUUAUGUUCUUUCAAGUAAUCCUUGACUGAGAUUGAAUGAAAGAAGAGAUUUACAUGAGUUUAAAAGCUGAAAAAGUUACUCAUGAGCACUAACAGUCAUAAUUUCACUUUUUUCAUUUUUGUCCACUGUCCUGUCCUCUCCAUGGAAAGCCCCACAUUAAAACUUAAAAACACAGGAGCUUCUGUCUGAAGUGUGUCUUUGGUGUUUCCAGGACGGUCUCACAGCUCUACACCAGGCGGCUGAAGGAGGUCACUGGGAGUGUAUCAAACUGUUGCUGGAGUCCGGCUGUGACAUCAACUUGCAAACCAGUGUAUAGUUUUUUAAGCCUUAGACUCAUGAGAAGAUUAAAUGUCUCUAAAAAAUUUGGACUCUCUGAAAGACCUCAGCGUGCAUCUUCAUAUUUUUGUGUGUGUUUUCCUGCAGAUGAAUAUGACUGCUCUGCAUUAUGUGGCGCAGCACGGCUUUGACAGAGAGGCUCACCUGCUGCUGCAGGCAGGAAUCAACAUAAAUGCUGUGAACAGUGUAAGCCUGAUUUUUACGGUGGCCCUGAGGUGCAAAACACAACAGCAAAUAAGAAAACGUAACACAAGAAGAGAAAAUACAAUGGUUAAAGUCAUUGUGUUUUCUGAUUUGCUGUUGUGUUUUCUCUUUUUGUGUUGUGUUUUCUCUGUUGCCGUUGCAUUUUUAAGAUUUGCGGUUGUGUUUUUCCCUUUAGUGUUGUAUUUUUUUAUUUGCCGUUGUGUUUUGCACCUCAGGGCCACAGUAGGUUUUUCAUUAUGGACAUGUCAAAUUGAACCUACUGAAAGGGGUUUCAUUUUUAAGUCAUUUUAUGGCCUUUGUCAAAGAUUUUCCUCAUUACAAUCAGAAAAAAAAACUUUCUCUGGGACUUGUCUUAUUUUACUUUUUCAAAUUUUUAGUAAUAUCACCUGAGCUGUUGUUGUUGUUUUUACUUUCUUUUUCUCAAAGUGUUUAAAAUGUGUAACAUUCCUGUUCCUGUUUCUGUUCUUAUUUUGACUGUUGUCUUAUUUCUGAAACACAUGGGGCUGCAUGUUUUUGUGAAAGGUGCUUGGUAUAAGAAAAAAAAAAAAAAAGCUGAACCCUGAAAACUUUUUGAAUGUUUUUAUUGUUCUCUUCUUUUGUCUGAAUCAGCAACACAACACACCUCUGCACCUGGCUGUGUUCAACAACCAUGCAGAGGUGGUUCGGCAGCUCAUAGAUGCUGACUGUGACCUGGACAUCCCUGACAGUGUGAGUACAAGCCUCUGCAGCCGCACCGGUCCACAUGCAAACUGUUAAAGGAGACAGAAACACAAGCCUCCAUGGGAAAUCUGUGUGCUAACAUUUAAUGUCAGAAAAGCUUAAAACACUCACACCAAUAUCAGCUGGAACAGAUUUCCUUCAUCCGUUCACAGAGACAGCAGACAGCUCUGCACCUAGCAGCAGAGCACGGCUGGCAGGACCUGGCUGAGAUAAUGCUGAUCUCUGGUGUUAACCUCAGUCUGACUGACAAGGUGCUACACAGCACACACCUUCACCAACACAGAGUUAUAAGCUUCUACCAUCACAACUCUAUAAUCAAGUAAUGCUUGUCCUAUCCACUGUUUUAAACUUUGAAAACACACAGCAGGGGAAAACAUGUCUGGAUGUGGCAGCAAGAGGAAACCACGUCAUCCUGGUGGAUAUGGUCAUCAAAGCAGACCGUUUUUAUAAAUGGGAGAAGGUGAGUUUAAUCUCAUCAGACCUGCACCCAAUGAAAUAGUUCAAAAUACCUAAUGUGCUCUUUUCUAGAAACUUGAAGUUCUUAUUUCAGAUUUGGACCUCGAUGUUUGAUCAUGAUUUUGCUGAUGCAGAGUUGAAAAGGCAUUUUUAAUUGAUCACUUUUCCUAACACCAGUUUUCUUGGACAUCUGGAAGCAAAGUCAGUCUGAGCUCUGUGGUUGGAUUAAUAAUUUGGUGUGUGGACUACAGAUGAUUUGUGUCCCUACAGUUUUUGCACUGUGUGUUCUUCUGCCAUGAUGUUCAGGAUCAGAUCAGCAGCGGGCAGGACUCCUGGGUGGGAAGAAAUCUGAGCUUCAAGCAGGACCACCAGCCAGAGACUCAGCACAUCCGCUCGGUCCUGUGGAGCCUGGCCACCAAGCACCUCUGCCGCGGGGAAUGGAAGAUUCUAGCACAACACUGGGAGUUCAGUGACGCACAUAUACGAGCUAUAGAACAUCAGUGGACAGGUGAAUUCAGGUUCAUGUUAGCUACACUGAUGCUUUUAAAGAGCAGAAAUAUCUGAUGGCAGAUACCAAAGCUGGAUACAGCUCUUAUGUCUAUCAGAUCCAUUUGUAAUUAUAUAACUGAGGUCAGAAAAGUGUUAGUGUGGUAGCCCCGAGCAGACAUACAUUUGUUUUCAAAUUAGGGCCCGAGCGUAGCUGCUAAGCAGCUGCGAGAGCCCUCUUGUUCCUGAUGGAUUCUUCUUUUGUUAUUAGGGCCCGAGCGUAGCUGCUAAGCAGCUGCGAGAGCCCUAUUAUUCCUGAUGGAUUCUUCUUUCUUCUUCUUUAGGGCCCGAGCGUAGCUGCUAAGCAGCUGCGAGAGCCCUCUUGUUCCUGAUGGAUUCUUCUUUUGUUAUUAUUAGGGCCCGAGCGUAGCUGCUAAGCAGCUGCGAGAGCCCUAUUAUUCCUGAUGGAUUCUUCUUUCUUCUUCUUCUUCUUAUUAUUUUUCUGCCCCUUUGAACUGGAAAAUGGCCCACUUCCCACUGGUGAAAAGUCAUGAAAUUUGGCAGGACGACCGGGCCUGGUGAAAAAUUCGAUAUUCUGAAGUCGCCCAAAAAAUCAAAUGCAAAAUGGCUCCAUAGCGCCCCCUAAGGUGAAAAAUUCACAUGAUUGAGUGUCACGCCUGUACGCUUUGUCAAAAUGACACAAAAUUUGAGACACACGUGUAUCUCAAUAAGAUCUACAAAAAAGUCAGUGCGGGCGUAUCUGUCAAAUGUACGGUUAAAGGGCUAUUUCGCAUUUUUUGCCGAUCCGCACACAUUGGAAUUUCGCUAACUCCUCCGAAGGCUUUCGUUCCACCGGCACCAAAUUUGCUCAGGCCAAUCUACACCCCAUGGCCAUUAAAAGUUGUACAAAUCAUGACGCUGCAUCCCACGGUUUACGUUCUAGGGGGCGCCAAAGAUAACCCAGAAAUCCACAUUCUUAAAAGUCGUAUAACUUUUUAUUUUUGUCCUCACUGGCCUCCAAGUUUUCUAGGAUGAUGCAAUGUCCAGCCAUCAACACAUUUGUGAAGGAAUUUUUACUCCCCAAAAGAGCGCCCCCCCAUGGCAGGAGAAAAAAGUCCAUUUUUUCUUGUCUCCUAAGGCGAAAAUUCACACUAUUGACUGUCACGCCUUUACGCUUUGUCAUAUUGACACAAAAAUUGACACACACAUGUAUCUCAAUAAGAUCUACAAAAAAGUCAGUGCGGGCGUAUCUGUCAAAUGUACGGUGAAAGGGCUAUUUCGCAUUUUUUGCCGAUCCGCACACAUUGGAAUUUCGCUAACUCCUCCGAAGGCUUUCGUUCCAAAGGCACCACAUUUGCUGAGGCCAAUCUACACCCCAUGGCCAUUAAAAGUUGUACAAAUCAUGACGCUGCACCCCACGGUUUACGUUCUAGGGGGCGCCAAAGAUAACCCAAAAAUCCACAGUCUUAAAAGUCUUAUAACUUUUUAUUUUUGUCCUCACUGGCCUCCAAGUUCUCUAGGAUGAUGCAAUGUCCAGCCAUCAACACAUUUGUGAAGGAAUUUUUACUCGCCAAAAGAGCGCCCCCCCAUGGCAGGAGAAAAAAGUCCAUUUUUUCUUGUCUCCUAAGGCGAAAAUACACAUUGUUGACUGUCACGCCUUUACGCUUUGUCAAAAUGACACAAAAUUUGACACACACAUGUAUCUCAAUAAGAUCUACAAAAAAGUCAGUGCGGGCGUAUCUGUCAAAUGUACGGUUAAAGGGUUAUUUCGCAUUUUUUGCCGAUCCGCACACAUUGGAAUUUCGCUAACUCCUCCUAAAUCUUUUGUCCCAUCGGCUUCAAAUUUGCUCAGGUCAAUCUACACCCCAUGGCCAUUCAAAGUUGUACAACUCAUGACGCUGCACCCCACAGUUUACGUUCUAGGGGGCGCCAAAGAGGACCCAAAUAUCCACAUUUUUAAAAGUCUUAUAACUUUUUAUUUUUGUCCUCACUGGCCUCCAAGUUUUCUAGGAUGAUGCAAUGUCCAGCCAUCAACACAUUUGUGAAGGAAUUUUUCUCCCCAAAAGAGCGCCCCCCAUGGCAGGAGAAAAAGUCAAGUUUUUCCUGCCCAUCGCUCAAUGGCUCAAACGCAUCGCUCUCUCUGCAAAACCGAAAGGAGGAGCAACUUGCCAUUUGGAUAUAUACUAGCUGUGUUUGUGCCCUCACUCAUGGUCCAGACUUUUUUCAAAUAGGACAUGUAGUUUGUCUGCAGCGAGCGUUUUGGUAGAAACUGCGCCUCCCAUUCAUUAUAAUGGGAAAUGACCACAGACAAGUGCGCACACCAUCUUUGGACCUUGAGUGUGACGCGAUCGGGAGGGGGAGGCGGUCGCGCUGGAGGCGGCGCGACGCGGCUCGGGCCCGACAGUGCCCCACCGGGGCCCUAGUUAUUAUUUUUCCUCCGCUUUAAACUGGAAAAUGGCCCACUUCCCACUGGCGAAAACUCAUGAAAUUUGGCAGGACGACCGGGCCUGGUGAAAAAUUCGAUAUUCUGAAGUCGCCCAAACAAUAAAAUGCAAAAUGGCUCCAUAGCGCCCCCUAAGGUGAAAAUUCACACUAUUGACUGUCACGCCUGUACGCUUUGUCAAAAUGACACAAAAAUUGACACACACAUGUAUCUCAAUAAGAUCUACAAAAAAGUCAGUGCGGGCGUAUCUGUCAAAUGUACGGUUAAAGGAUUAUUGCGCAUUUUUUGCCGAUCCGCACACAUUGGAAUUUCGCUAACUCCUCCGAAGGCUUUCGUUCCACCGGCACCACAUUUGCUCAGGCCAAUCUACACCCCAUGGCCAUUAAAAGUUGUACAAAUCAUGACGCUGCACCCCACGGUUUAGGUUCUAGGGGGCGCCAAAGAUAACCAUAAAAUCCACAUAUUUAAAAGUCUUAUAACUUUUUAUUUUUGUCCUCACUGGCCUCCAAGUUCUCUAGGAUAAUGCAAUGUCCAGCCAUCAACACAUUUGUGAAGGAAUUUUUACUCCCCAAAAGAGCGCCCCCCCAUGGCAGGAGAAAAAAGUCCAUUUUUUUCUUGUCCCCUAAGGUGAAAAUUUACAUUGUUGAGUGUCACGCCUGUACGCUUUGUCAUAUUGACACAAAAUUUGACAAUCACGUGUAUCUCAAUAAGAUCUACGAAAAAGUCAAUGCGCGCGUAUCUGUCAAAUGUACGGUUAAAGGGCUAUUUUGCAUUUUUUGCCGAUUCGCACACAUUGGAAUGUGGCAAACUCCUCCUAAGGCUUUCGUCCCACUGACACCAAAUUUUCUCAGGCCAAUCUACACCCCAUGGCCAUUCAAAGUUGUAAAAAUCAUGACGCUGCACCCCACGGUUUACGUUCUAGGGGGCGCCAAAGAUGACCCAAAAAUCCACAUUCUUAAAAGAAUCCACAUCCCCCCCAUCCCCCACCCCCCAUGGCAGGAGAAACAGUCAAGUUUUUCCUGCCCAUCACUCAAUGGCUCAAUCGCAUCGCUCUCCCGGCAACACCGUAACGAGGAGCAACUUGCCGUUUGGAUAUAUCCUAGCUGUGUUUGUGCCCUCACUCAUGGUCCAGACUUUUUUCAAAUAGGACAUGUAGUUUGUCUGCAGCGAGUGUUUUGGUAGAAACUGCGCCUCCCAUUCAUUAUAAUGGGAAAUGACCACAGACAAGUGCGCACACCAUCUUUGGACCUUGAGUGUGACGCGAUCGGGAGGUGGAGGCGGUCGCGCUGGGGGCGGUGCGAUGCGGCUCGGGCCCGACAGUGCCCCACCGGGGCCCUAGUUAGGGCCCGAGCGUAGCUGCUAAGCAGCUGCGAGAGCCCUCUUGUUCCUGUAGUUUCCUUCUUUUGUUAUUAUUAUUAUUAUUAUUAUUUUUCCUCCCCUUUGAACUGGAAAAUGGCCCACUUCCCACUGGCGAAAACUCAUGAAAUUUGGCAGGACGACCGGGCCUGGUGAAAAAUUUGAUAUUCCGAAGUCGCCCAAACAAGAAAAUGCAAAAUGGCUCCAUAGCGCCCCCUAAGGUGAAAAUUCACACUAUUCACUGUCACGCCUGUACGCUUUGUCAAAAUGACACAAAAAUUGACACACACAUGUAUCUCAAUAAGAUCUACAAAAAAGUCAGUGCGGGCGUAUCUGUCAAAUGUACGGUUAAAGGGUUAUUUCGCAUUUUUUGCCGAUCCGCACACAUUGGAAUUUCGCUAACUCCUCCGAAGGCUUUCGUUCCACCGGCACCACAUUUGCUCAGGCCAAUCUACACCCCAUGGCCAUUAAAAGUUAUUCAAAUCAUGACGCUGCACCCCACGGUUUAGGUUCUAGGGGGCGCCAAAGAUAACCCUAAGAUCCACAUAUUUAAAAGUCUUAUAACUUUUUAUUUUUGCCCUCACUGGCCUCCAAGUUUUCUAGGAUGAUGCAAUGUCCAGCCAUCAACACAUUUGUGAAGGAAUUUUUACUCCCCAAAAGAGCGCCCCCCCAUGGCAGGAGAAAAAAGUCCAUUUUUUCUUGUCCCCUAAGGUGAAAAUACACAUUGUUGAGUGUAACACCUGUACGCUUUGGCAAAAUGACACAAAAAUUGACACACAUAUGUAUCUCAAUAAGAUCUACAAAAAAGUCAAUGCGCGCGUAUCUGUCAAAUGUACGGUUAAAGGGCUAUUUUGCAUUUUUUGCCGAUUCGCACACAUUGGAAUGUGGCUAACUCCUCCUAAGGCUUUCGUCCCACUGACACCAAAUUUGCUCAGGCCAAUCUACACCCCAUGGCCAUUCAAAGUUGUAAAAAUCAUGACGCUGCACCCCACGGUUUACGUUCUAGGGGGCGCCAAAGAUGACCCAAAUAUCCACAUUCUUAAAAGAAUCCACAUCCCCCCCAUCCCCCACCCCCCAUGGCAGGAGAAACAGUCAAGUUUUUCCUGCCCAUCACUCAAUGGCUCAAUCGCAUCGCUCUCCCGGCAACACCGUAACGAGGAGCAACUUGCCGUUUGGAUAAAUCCUAGCUGUGUUUGUGCCCUCACUCAUGGUCCAGACUUUUUUCAAAUAGGACAUGUAGUUUGUCUGCAGCGAGUGUUUUGGUAGAAACUGCGCCUCCCAUUCAUUAUAAUGGGAAAUGACCACAGACAAGUGCGCACACCAUCUUUGGACCUUGAGUGUGACGCGAUCGGGAGGGGGAGGCGGUCGCGCUAGGGGCGGCGCGACGCGGCUCGGGCCCGACAGUGCCCCACCGGGGCCCUAGUUAGGGCCCGAGCGUAGCUGCUAAGCAGCUGCGAGAGCCCUAUUAUUCCCCAAGUGGUUUUUCUUUGUUUCUUUUUUCUUUUUCCUCCCCUUUGAACUGGAAAAUGGCCCACUUCCCACAGGCGAAAACUCAUGAAAUUUGGCAGGACGACCGGGCCUGGUGAAAAAUUUGAUAUUCUGAAGUCGCCCAAACAAUACAAUGCAAAAUGGCUCCAUAGCGCCCCCUAGGGUGAAAAAUUCACCUGACGCCUGUACGCUUUGUCAAAAUGACACAAAAAUUGACACACACAUGUAUCUCAAUAAGAUCUACAAAAAAGUCAGUGCGGGCGUAUCUGUCAAAUGUACGGUUAAAGGGUUAUUGCGCAUUUUUUGCCGAUCCGCACACAUUGGAAUUUCGCUAACUCCUCCGAAGGCUUUCGUUCCACCGGCACCACAUUUGCUCAGGCCAAUCUACACCCCAUGGCCAUUAAAAGUUAUUCAAAUCAUGACGCUGCACCCCACGGUUUAGGUUCUAGGGGGCGCCAAAGAUAACCCUAAAAUCCACAUAUUUCAAAGUCUUAUAACUUUUUAUUUUUGCCCUCACUGGCCUCCAAGUUUUCUAGGAUGAUGCAAUGUCCAGCCAUCAACACAUUUGUGAAGGAAUUUUUACUCCCCAAAAGAGCGCCCCCCCAUGGCAGGAGAAAAAAGUCCAUUUUUUCUUGUCCCAUAAGGUGAAAAUUCACACUAUUGACUGUCACGCCUGUACGCUUUGUCAAAAUUACACAAAAAUUGACACACACAUGUAUCUCAAUAAGAUCUACAAAAAAGUCCAUGCGCGCGUAUCUGUCAAAUGUACGGUUAAAGGGUUAUUCCGCAUUUUUUGCCGAUCCGCACACAUUGGAAUUUCGCUAACUCCUCCGAAGGCUUUCGUUCCACCGGCACCACAUUUGCUCAGGCCAAUCUACACCCCAUGGCCAUUAAAAGUUAUUCAAAUCAUGAUGCUGCACCCCACGGUUUAGGUUCUAGGGGGCGCCAAAGAUAACCCUAAAAUCCACAUAUUUAAAAGUCUUAUAACUUUUUAUUUUUGUCCUCUCUGGCCUCCAAGUUUUCUAGGAUGAUGCAAUGUCCAGCCAUCAACACAUUUGUGAAGGAAUUUUUACUCCCCAAAAGAGCGCCCCCCCAUGGCAGGAGAAAAAAGUCAAUUUUUUCUUGUCCCCUUACAUGAAAAUACACAUUGUUGAGUGUCACGCCUGAACGCUUUGUCAUAUUGACACAAAAAUUGACAAUCAUGUGUAUCUCAACUAGAUCUACGAAAAAGUCAAUGCGCGCGUAUCUGUAUAAUGUACGGUUAAAGGGCUAUUUCGCAUUUUUUGCCGAUUCGCACACAUUGGAAUGUGGCUAUCUCCUCCUAAGGCUUUCGUCCCACCGAUACCAAAUUUGCUCAGGCCAAUCUACACCCCAUGCCCAUUCAAAGUUGUAAAAAUCAUGACGCUGCACCCCACGGUUUACGUUCUAGGGGGCGCCAAAGAUGACCCAAAAAUCCACAUUCUUAAAAGUCAUUUUGGCCACUGCAGGAGUACAGAGUACUGCAGUUCUAGGGGGCGCCAAAGAUGACCCAAAAAUCCACAUUCUUAAAAGUCUUUUUGGCCACUGCAGGAGUACAGAGUACUGCAGGAUACACACACAUAUACACACACACACACACACACACACACACACACACACACACACACACUCAGAGUCUGUUUUUUAGCACCUGCAAAAACAUGCUGUUUACAUAUUUGACAAGAAUGCAGAGGCUUCCUUUUGCCCCUGAAAAAAAUCAGAUUUCAAACACAACUUGACUGUUCAUUUCUCCAAAAGACAACCAUGAAGCUCCAUCCAAACCUGAAGCAGAUAGUUGGUGCAUGUGUACAGUAACCUGAGGGGAGUGAGGUGACUAUUUCUGAGGAGAACAUGAGCAGUGAAGAUUCACCUUGGAGCUAGAACAGGGACGUGCACAUGAUUAUACAGGGGCAGGGGCUCAAGUUUUUUCCAGUCAUUUAUACAAUAUGGAAAUUAAUGUGAAAUUAAACCACAAAUAUGUGUGAUGAACUGUUUUUAAAACUUAAACUUCAAAUAAAAAUUGUAAACUUCAAAACAUAUGCAAAUUUUUAACAAAGAACAUAGUAAUUUACCUCUAUUUACAUCAAAAUGCAGGCAAUGGCCCAGGCGUUCUUUGUAAAAUUAUUUACAAAACACUGUAUAGUCUCACAAAUGUCACUUUUUAUUUAUGCCACUACAAAAAAACAUGAUGUAAAUGAUGCAUGAUGUAAAACAUGAUGUAAAAAACUUGUGUAGAUCCUCCUCUAUGUCAGUCCAUGUGUAAUUUUUCCAUAAUUCUUUGUUUUUUGCAGCAUUUUCGUUAGUGUAACUGCAGAUUGUGCUGACAGUCUAUGGCAAAAAAAACAAAAACUGAAAAUGCCUCAACAUGAACCCCUGGUGGUCUCUGAGGGUGAAACCUGCUAACUGCUGCAGCUCUGUCAGCUUCAGUCUCCCAUGCAGAGCUCGGAGCGCAUGUGUGGCUCUGCACCCUUAGCAGCGUUGCUAACUCCUCAGUAAGGAAAGCCUGCUUCAUGUCAGAGUCUCUAAACUCCAGAAGAAGUCGAUAAAAGUCCCUUUCUUUCUAACAAAAGUUGUUAGGGGGUCUGAAAAGUAAUUGAAUCUAACAACAAAGUCGCUAGGUUUGCAACUACGUGUCCCAGACUGCAUCCCUGCUGAGAGUCCCUCCCUCCCUUCUCAUGUUGCAGGAAGAACGUAAGCGCCCGCCCCUUGUCAAUCAGUCACCAUAUAAUUUUGGAUUGGUUGUUGUGGUGAAGUUUUCCACCAAUAGGAGAGAUGUUGUGGUGUGUUUUUUUUUUCUUUUGGCAAGCCUUUUCCGCCUGUAAGACCUGUCGCUAAUGUCUGCAUGCUAUGUUUUCCUGUCUCAUACAGCGCGAUCGAGCGCCGAACGUGAUCAAAAUAAGCAGAAAAAAAGUAUCGCGGACAUAAUUUAUCAUAACUCUGGUUUUAUUUGGCCUAUCAACACAAUUUAAAAAAUGGUAUAUAGGUUGAGGUCCUCACUUUUGAGAUAAGUUGAAACGGAGAGUCAACGAGGCUCCGUCUUGCAGCUACAUCCGGUUAAAUAUGUCAUGUGACUUGAACGCACACACAGACACACACACACGCACACACACACACACACACACACUCAGAGUCUGGUUUUUAGCACCUGCAAAAACAUGCUAUUUACAUAUUUGACAAGAAUGCAGAGGCUCCUUUUGCCCCUGAAAAAAAAUCAAAUUUCAAACACAACUUGACUGGUCAUUUCUCCAAAAGACAACCAUGAAGCUCCAUCCAAACCUGAAGCAGGCAGUUGGUGCAUGUGUACAGUAACCUGAGGGGAGUGAGGUGAGUGCUUCUGAGGAGAACAUGAGCAGUGAAGAUUCACCUUGGAGCUAGAACAGAGACAUGCACAUGAUUAUACAGGGGCAGGGGCUCAAGUUUUUUCCAGUCGUUUAUACAAUAUGGAAAUUAAUGUGAAAUUAAAACACAAAGUAUUAAUAGAAAGGUAAUGACUGUCCUGUGUAGGUGACAGUGAUAUCCAAUAGGCUAGGCACUCACGAGGCUGGCUGUGGCAAGUGUAAGUGAAAGCAACACGCACUGGCAGGAAGAACAGCAAACGCCGAUGAAGAAAAAGGGUCUUUGCAGUGAUGGGCGUUACCAGAUAGGGCGAUGGCCAGAGGACACAAAUGGGACGGGGAGGCAGCACGUUGGGGGGGGGGGGGGGGACGGGACACGGCUCGGGCCCGCCAGUGCCCCAACGGGGUCCUAGUUAUUAUUUUUCCUCCCCUUUGAACUGGAAAAUGGCCCACUUCCCACUGGCGAAAACUCAUGAAAUUUGGCAGGACGACCGGGCCUGGUGAAAAAUUUGAUAUUCCGAAGUCGCCCAAACAAGAAAAUGCAAAAUGGCUCCAUAGCGCCCCCUAAGGUGAAAAUUCACACUAUUCACUGUCACGCCUGUACGCUUUGUCAAAAUGACACAAAAAUUGACACACACAUGUAUCUCAAUAAGAUCUACAAAAAAGUCAGUGCGGGCGUAUCUGUCAAAUGUACGGUUAAAGGGUUAUUUCGCAUUUUUUGCCGAUCCGCACACAUUGGAAUUUCGCUAACUCCUCCGAAGGCUUUUGUUCCACCGGCACCACAUUUGCUCAGGCCAAUCUACACCCCAUGGCCAUUAAAAGUUAUUCAAAUCAUGACGCUGCACCCCACGGUUUAGGUUCUAGGGGGCGCCAAAGAUAACCCUAAAAUCCACAUAUUUAAAAGUCUUAUAACUUUUUAUUUUUGCCCUCACUGGCCUCCAAGUUUUCUAGGAUGAUGCAAUGUCCAGCCAUCAACACAUUUGUGAAGGAAUUUUUAAUCCCCAAAAGAGCGCCCCCCCAUGGCAGGAGAAAAAAGUCCAUUUUUUCUUGUCCCCUAAGGUGAAAAUACACAUUGUUGAGUGUCACGCCUGUACGCUUUGUCAUAUUGACACAAAAUUUGACACACACAUGUAUCUCAAUAAGAUCUACGAAAAAGUCAAUGCGCGCGUAUCUGUAAAAUGUACGGUUAAAGGGUUAUUCCGCAUUUUUUGCUGAUCCGCACACAUUGGAAUUUCGCUAACUCCUCCUAAGGCUGGCGUUCCACCGGCACCACAUUUGCUCAGGCCAAUCUACACCCCAUGGCCAUUAAAAGUUAUUCAAAUCAUGACGCUGCACCCCACAGUUUAGGUUCUAGGGGGCGCCAAAGAUAACCCUAAAAUCCACAUAUUUCAAAGUCUUAUAACUUUUUAUUUUUGUCCUCACUGGCCUCCAAGUUCUCUAGGAUGAUGCAAUGUCCAGCCAUCAACACAUUUGUGAAGGAAUUUUUACUCCCCAAAAGAGCGCCCCCCCAUGGCAGGAGAAAAAAGUCCAUUUUUUCUUGUCCCAUAAGGUGAAAAAACACAUUGUUGACUGUCAUACCUGUACGCUUUGUCAUAUUGACACAAAAUUUGACAAUCACAUGUAUCUCAAUAAGAUCUACGAAAAAGUCAAUGCGCGCGUAUCUGUAAAAUGUACGGUUAAAGGGCUAUUUUGCAUUUUUUGCCGAUUCGCACACAUUGGAAUGUGGCUAACUCCUCCUAAGGCUUUCGUCCCACUGACACCAAAUUUGCUCAGGCCAAUCUACACCCCAUGGCCAUUCAAAGUUGUAAAAAUCAUGACGCUGCACCCCACGGUUUACGUUCUAGGGGGCGCCAAAGAUGACCCAAAUAUCCACAUUCUUAAAAGAAUCCCCCCCCCCAUCCCCCAUCCCCCAUCCCCCAUGGCAGGAGAAACAGUCAAGUUUUUCCUGCCCAUCACUCAAUGGCUCAAUCGCAUCGCUCUCCCGGCAACACCGUAACGAGGAGCAACUUGCCGUUUGGAUAUAUCCUAGCUGUGUUUGUGCCCUCACUCCUGGUCCAGACUUUUUUCAAAUAGGACAUGCAGUUUGUCUGCAGCGAGUGUUUUGGUAGAAACUGCGCCUCCCAUUCAUUAUAAUGGGAAAUGACCACAGACAAGUGCGCACACCAUCUUUGGACCUUGAGUGUGACGCGAUCGGGAGGGGGAGGCGGUCGCGCUGGGGGCGGCGCGACGCGGCUCGGGCCCGACAGUGCCCCACCGGGGCCCUAGUUAGGGCCCGAGCCAGCUGCAGAGCAGCCGGGCGUAGGCCCUGUUAUUCCUGUAGGGGUUUUUCUUUGUUUCUUUCUUUCUUCUUUUUCCUCCCCUUUGAACUGGAAAAUGGCCCACUUCCCACUGGCGAAAACUCAUGAAAUUUGGCAGGACGACCGGGCCUGGUGAAAAAUUUGAUAUUCCGAAGUCGCCCAAACAAGAAAAUGCAAAAUGGCUCCAUAGCGCCCCCUAAGGUGAAAAUUCACACUAUUGACUGUCACGCCUGUACGCUUUGUCAAAAUGACACAAAAAUUGACACACACAUGUAUCUCAAUAAGAUCUACAAAAAAGUCAGUGCGGGCGUAUCUGUCAAAUGUACGGUUAAAGGGUUAUUUCGCAUUUUUUGCCGAUCCGCACACAUUGGAAUUUCGCUAACUCCUCCGAAGGCUUUCGUUCCACCGGCACCACAUUUGCUCAGGCCAAUCUACACCCCAUGGCCAUUAAAAGUUAUUCAAAUCAUGACGCUGCACCCCACGGUUUAGGUUCUAGGGGGCGCCAAAGAUAACCCUAAAAUCCACAUUUUUAAAAGUCUUAUAACUUUUUAUUUUUGCCCUCACUGGCCUCCAAGUUUUCUAGGAUGAUGCAAUGUCCAGCCAUCAACACAUUUGUGAAGGAAUUUUUACUCCCCAAAAGAGCGCCCCCCAUGGCAGGAGAAAAAAGUCCAUUUUUUUCUUGUCCCCUAAGGUGAAAAUACACAUUGUUGAGUGUCACGCCUGUACGCUUUGUCAAAAUGACACAAAAAUUGACACACACAUGUAUCUCAAUAAGAUCUACAAAAAAGUCCAUGCGCGCGUAUCUGUCUAAUGUACGGUUAAAGGGUUAUUCCGCAUUUUUUGCCGAUUCGCACACAUUGGAAUUUCGCUAACUCCUCCGAAGGCUUUCGUUCCACCGGCACCACAUUUGCUCAGGCCAAAUUACACCCCAUGGCCAUUAAAAGUUAUUCAAAUCAUGACGCUGCACCCCACGGUUUACGUUCUAGGGGGCGCCAAAGAUAACCCAAAAAUCCACAUUUUUAAAAGUCUUAUAACUUUUUAUUUUUGUCCUCACUGGCCUCCAAGUUUUCUAGGAUGAUGCAAUGUCCAGCCAUCAACACAUUUGUGAAGGAAUUUUUACUCCCCAAAAGAGCGCCCCCCCAUGGCAGGAGAAAAAAGUCCAUUUUUUUCUUGUCCCCUAAGGUGAAAAUACACAUUGUUGACUGUCACGCCUUUACGCUUUGGCAAAAUGACACAAAAAUUGACAAUCAUGUGUAUCUCAAUUAGAUCUACGAAAAAGUCAAAGAGCGCGUAUCUGUAUAAUGUACGGUUAAAGGGCUAUUUUGCAUUUUUUGCCGAUUCGCACACAUUGGAAUGUGGCUAUCUCCUCCUAAGGCUUUCGUCCCACCGAUACCAAAUUUGCUCAGGGCAAUCUACACCCCAUGCCCAUUCAAAGUUGUAAAAAUCAUGACGCUGCACCCCACGGUUUACGUUCUAGGGGGCGCCAAAGAUGACCCAAAAAUCCACAUUCUUAAAAGUCAUUUUGGCCACUGCAGGAGUACAGAGUACUGCAGUUCUAGGGGGCGCCAAAGAUGACCCAAAAAUCGACAUUCUUAAAAGUCUUUUUGGCCACUGCAGGAGUACAGAGUACUGCAGGAUACACACACAUAUACACACACGCCAAAAUACACACACACACACACACACACACACACACACACACACACACACACACUCAGAGUCUGUUUUUUAGCACCUGCAAAAACAUGCUGUUUACAUAUUUGACAAGAAUGCAGAGGCUCCUUUUGCCCCUGAAAAAAAUCAAAUUUCAAACACAACUUGACUGUUCAUUUCUCCAAAAGACAACCAUGAAGCUCCAUUUCAAACCUGAAGCAGAUAGUUGGUGCAUGUGUACAGUAACCUGAGGGGAGUGAGGUGACUAUUUCUGAGGAGAACAUGAGCAGUGAAGAUUCACCUUGGAGCUAGAACAGGGACGUGCACAUGAUUAUACAGGGGCAGGGGCUCAAGUUUUUUCCAGUCAUUUAUACAAUAUGGAAAUUAAUGUGAAAUUAAACCACAAAUAUGUGUGAUGAACUGUUUUUAAAACUUAAACUUCAAAUAAAAAUUGUAAACUUCAAAACAUAUGCAAAUUUUUAACAAAGAACAUAGUGAUUUACCUCUAUUUACAUCAAAAUGCAGGCAAUGGCCCAGGCGUUCUUUGUAAAAUUAUUUACAAAACACUGUAUAGUCUCACAAAUGUCACUUUUUAUUUAUGCCACUACAAAAAAACAUGAUGUAAAUGAUGCAUGAUGUAAAACAUGAUGUAAAAAACUUGUGUAGAUCCUCCUCUAUGUCAGUCCAUGUGUAAUUUUUCCAUAAUUCUUUGUUUUUUGCAGCAUUUUUGUUAGUGUAACUGCAGAUUGUGCUGACAGUGUCUAUGGCACAAAAAAAAAAAAAAAAUUAAAAUGCCUCAACAUGAACCCCUGGUGGUCUCUGAGGGUGAAACCUGCUAACUGCUGCAGCUCUGUCAGCUUCAGUCUCCCAUGCAGAGCUCUGAGCGCAUGUGUGGCUCUGCACCCUUAGCAGCGUUGCUAACUCCUCAGUAAGGAAAGCCUGCUUCAUGUCAGAGUCUCUAAACUCCAGAAGAAGUCGAUAAAAGUCCCUUUCUUUCUAAAAAAAAGUCGUUAGGGGGUCUGAAAAGUCAUUGAAUCUAACAACAAAGUCGCUAGGUUUGCAACUACGUGUCCCAGACUGCAUCCCUGCUGAGAGUCCCUCCCUCGCUUCUCAUGUUGCAGGAAGAACGUAAGCGCCCGCCCCUUGUCAAUCAGUCACCAUAUAAUUUUGGAUUGGUUGUUGUGGUGAAGUUUUCCACCAAUAGGAGAGAUGUUGUGGUGUGUUUUUUUCUUUUGGCAAGCCUUUUCCGCCUGUGAGACCUGUCGCUAAUGUCUGCAUGCUAUGUUUUCCUGUCUCAUACAGCGCGAUCGAGCGCCGAACGUGAUCAAAAUAAGCAGAAAACAAGUAUCGCGGACAUAAUUUAUCAUAACUCUGGUUUUAUUUGGCCUAUCAACACAAUUUAAAAACUGGUAUAUAGGUUGAGGUCCUCACUUUUGAGAUAAGUUGAAACGGAGAGUCAACGAGGCUCCGUCUUGCAGCUACAUCCGGUUAAAUAUGUCAUGUGACUUGAACGCACACACAGACACACACACACGCACACACACACACACACACACACACACACACACACACACACACACACACACACACACACACACUCAGAGUCUGGUUUUUAGCACCUGCAAAAACAUGCUAUUUACAUAUUUGACAAGAAUGCAGAGGCUCCUUUUGCCCCUGAAAAAAAUCAAAUUUCAAACACAACUUGACUGCUCAUUUCUCCAAAAGACAACCAUGAAGCUCCAUCCAAACCUGAAGCAGGCAGUUGGUGCAUGUGUACAGUAACCUGAGGGGAGUGAGGUGAGUGCUUCUGAGGAGAACAUGAGCAGUGAAGAUUCACCUUGGAGCUAGAACAGAGACAUGCACAUGAUUAUACAGGGGCAGGGGCUCAAGUUUUUUCCAGUCGUUUAUACAAUAUGGAAAUUAAUGUGAAAUUAAAACACAAAGUAUUAAUAGAAAGGUAAUGACUGUCCUGUGUAGGUGACAGUGAUAUCCAAUAGGCUAGGCACUCACGAGGCUGGCUGUGGCAAGUGUAAGUGAAAGCAACACGCACUGGCAGGAAGAACAGCAAACGCCGAUGAAGGAAAAGGGUCUUUGCAGUGAUGGGCGUUACCAGAGAGGGCGAUGGCCAGAGGACACAAAUGGGACGGGGAGGCAGCACGUUGGGGGGGGGACGCGACACGGCUCGGGCCCGCCAGUGCCCCAACGGGGUCCUAGUCUUCUUAUUAUUUUUCUGCCCCUUUGAACUGGAAAAUGGCCCACUUCCCACUGGUGAAAAGUCAUGAAAUUUGGCAGGACGACCGGGCCUGGUGAAAAAUUCGAUAUUCUGAAGUCGCCCAAAAAAUCAAAUGCAAAAUGGCUCCAUAGCGCCCCCUAAGGUGAAAAAUUCACAUGAUUGAGUGUCACGCCUGUACGCUUUGUCAAAAUGACACAAAAUUUGACACACACGUGUAUCUCAAUAAGAUCUACAAAAAAGUCAGUGCGGGCGUAUCUGUCAAAUGUACGGUUAAAGGGCUAUUUCGCAUUUUUUGCCGAUCCGCACACAUUGGAAUUUCGCUAACUCCUCCGAAGGCUUUCGUUCCACCGGCACCAAAUUUGCUCAGGCCAAUCUACACCCCAUGGCCAUUAAAAGUUGUACAAAUCAUGACGCUGCAUCCCACGGUUUACGUUCUAGGGGGCGCCAAAGAUAACCCAGAAAUCCACAUUCUUAAAAGUCGUAUAACUUUUUAUUUUUGUCCUCACUGGCCUCCAAGUUUUCUAGGAUGAUGCAAUGUCCAGCCAUCAACACAUUUGUGAAGGAAUUUUUACUCCCCAAAAGAGCGCCCCCCAUGGCAGGAGAAAAAAGUCCAUUUUUUCUUGUCUCCUAAGGCGAAAAUUCACACUAUUGACUGUCACGCCUUUACGCUUUGUCAUAUUGACACAAAAAUUGACACACACAUGUAUCUCAAUAAGAUCUACAAAAAAGUCAGUGCGGGCGUAUCUGUCAAAUGUACGGUUUAAGGGCUAUUUCGCAUUUUUUGCCGAUCCGCACACAUUGGAAUUUCGCUAACUCCUCCGAAGGCUUUCGUUCCAAAGGCACCACAUUUGCUGAGGCCAAUCUACACCCCAUGGCCAUUAAAAGUUGUACAAAUCAUGACGCUGCACCCCACGGUUUACGUUCUAGGGGGCGCCAAAGAUAACCCAAAAAUCCACAUUCUUAAAAGUCUUAUAACUUUUUAUUUUUGUCCUCACUGGCCUCCAAGUUCUCUAGGAUGAUGCAAUGUCCAGCCAUCAACACAUUUGUGAAAGAAUUUUUACUCGCCAAAAGAGCGCCCCCCAUGGCAGGAGAAAAAAGUCCAUUUUUUCUUGUCUCCUAAGGCGAAAAUACACAUUGUUGACUGUCACGCCUUUACGCUUUGUCAAAAUGACACAAAAUUUGACACACACAUGUAUCUCAAUAAGAUCUACAAAAAAGUCAGUGCGGGCGUAUCUGUCAAAUGUACGGUUAAAGGGUUAUUUCGCAUUUUUUGCCGAUCCGCACACAUUGGAAUUUCGCUAACUCCUCCUAAAUCUUUUGUCCCAUCGGCUUCAAAUUUGCUCAGGUCAAUCUACACCCCAUGGCCAUUCAAAGUUGUACAAAUCAUGACGCUGCACUCCACAGUUUACGUUCUAGGGGGCGCCAAAGAGGACCCAAAUAUCCACAUUUUUAAAAGUCUUAUAACUUUUUAUUUUUGUCCUCACUGGCCUCCAAGUUUUCUAGGAUGAUGCAAUGUCCAGCCAUCAACACAUUUGUGAAGGAAUUUUUUCUCCCCAAAAGAGCGCCCCCCCAUGGCAGGAGAAAAAGUCAAGUUUUUCCUGCCCAUCGCUCAAUGGCUCAAACGCAUCGCUCUCUCUGCAAAACCGAAAGGAGGAGCAACUUGCCAUUUGGAUAUAUACUAGCUGUGUUUGUGCCCUCACUCAUGGUCCAGACUUUUUUCAAAUAGGACAUGUAGUUUGUCUGCAGCGAGCGUUUUGGUAGAAACUGCGCCUCCCAUUCAUUAUAAUGGGAAAUGACCACAGACAAGUGCGCACACCAUCUUUGGACCUUGAGUGUGACGCGAUCGGGAGGGGGAGGCGGUCGCGCUGGGGGCGGCGCGACGCGGCUCGGGCCCGACAGUGCCCCACCGGGGCCCUAGUUUCUUUUUCCUCCCCUUUGAACUGGAAAAUGGCCCACUUCCCACUGGCGAAAACUCAUGAAAUUUGGCAGGACGACCGGGCCUGGUGAAAAAUUUGAUAUUCUGAAGUCGUCCAAACAAUACAAUGCAAAAUGGCUCCAUAGCGCCCCCUAAGGUGAAAAAUUCACCUGACGCCUGUACGCUUUGUCAAAAUGACACAAAAAUUGACACACACAUGUAUCUCAAUAAGAUCUACAAAAAAGUCAGUGCGGGCGUAUCUGUCAAAUGUACGGUUAAAGGGUUAUUGCGCAUUUUUUGCCGAUCCGCACACAUUGGAAUUUCGCUAACUCCUCCGAAGGCUUUCGUUCCACCGGCACCACAUUUGCUCAGGCCAAUCUACACCCCAUGGCCAUUAAAAGUUAUUCAAAUCAUGACGCUGCACCCCACGGUUUAGGUUCUAGCGGGCGCCAAAGAUAACCCUAAAAUCCACAUAUUUCAAAGUCUUAUAACUUUUUAUUUUUGCCCUCACUGGCCUCCAAGUUUUCUAGGAUGAUGCAAUGUCCAGCCAUCAACACAUUUGUGAAGGAAUUUUUACUCCCCAAAAGAGCGCCCCCCCAUGGCAGGAGAAAAAAGUCCAUUUUUUCUUGUCCCAUAAGGUGAAAAUUCACACUAUUGACUGUCACGCCUGUACGCUUUGUCAAAAUUACACAAAAAUUGACACACACAUGUAUCUCAAUAAGAUCUACAAAAAAGUCCUGCGCGCGUAUCUGUCAAAUGUACGGUUAAAGGGUUAUUCCGCAUUUUUUGCCGAUACGCACACAUUGGAAUUUCGCUAACUCCUCCGAAGGCUUUCGUUCCACUGGCACCACAUUUGCUCAGGCCAAUCUACACCCCAUGGCCAUUAAAAGUUAUUCAAAUCAUGACGCUGCAUCCCAUGGUUUAGGUUCUAGGGGGCGCCAAAAAUAACCCAAAAAUCCACAUUCUUAAAUGUUUUAUAACUUUUUUUUUUUGUCCUCACUGGCCUCCAAGUUUUCUAGGAUGAUGCAAUGUCCAGCCAUCAACACAUUUGUGAAGGAAUUUUUACUCCCCAAAAGAGCGCCCCCCCAUGGUAGGAGAAAAAAGUCAAUUUUUUCUUGUCCCCUUACAUGAAAAUACACAUUGUUGAGUGUCACGCCUGAACCUAUGUCAUAUUGACACAAAAAUUGAGAAUCAUGUGUAUCUCAAUUAGAUCUAUGAAAAAGUCAAAGAGCGCGUAUCUGUAUAAUGUACGGUUAAAGGGCUAUUUUGCAUUUUUUGCCGAUUCGCACACAUUGGAAUGUGGCUAUCUCCUCCUAAGGCUUUCGUCCCACCGAUACCAAAUUUGCUCAGGGCAAUCUACACCCCAUGCCCAUUCAAAGUUGUAAAAAUCAUGAUGCUGCACCCCACGGUUUACGUUCUAGGGGGCGCCAAAGAUGACCCAAAAAUCCACAUUCUUAAAAGUCAUUUUGGCCACUGCAGGAGUACAGAGUACUGCAGUUCUAGGGGGCGCCAAAGAUGACCCAAAAAUCCACAUUCUUAAAAGUCUUUUUGGCCACUGCAGGAGUACAGAGUACUGCAGGAUACACACACAUAUACACACACGCCAACAUACACACACACACACACACACACACACACACACACACACACACACACACACACACAGAGUCUGUUUUUUAGCACCUGCAAAAACAUGCUGUUUACAUAUUUGACAAGAAUGCAGAGGCUUCCUUUUGCCCCUGAAAAAAAUCAAAUUUCAAACACAACUUGACUGUUCAUUUCUCCAAAAGACAACCAUGAAGCUCCAUCCAAACCUGAAGCAGAUAGUUGGUGCAUGUGUACAGUAACCUGAGGGGAGUGAGGUGACUAUUUCUGAGGAGAACAUGAGCAGUGAAGAUUCACCUUGGAGCUAGAACAGGGACGUGCACAUGAUUAUACAGGGGCAGGGGCUCAAGUUUUUUCCAGUCAUUUAUACAAUAUGGAAAUUAAUGUGAAAUUAAACCACAAAUAUAUGUGAUGAACUGUUUUUAAAACUUAAACUUCAAAUAAAAAUUGUAAACUUCAAAACAUAUGCAAAUUUUUAACAAAGAACAUAGUAAUUUACCUCUAUUUACAUCAAAAUGCAGGCAAUGGCCCAGGCGUUCUUUGUAAAAUUAUUUACAAAACACUGUAUAGUCUCACAAAUGUCACUUUUUAUUUAUGCCACUACAAAAAAACAUGAUGUAAAUGAUGCAUGAUGUAAAACAUGAUGUAAAAAACUUGUGUAGAUCCUCCUCUAUGUCAGUCCAUGUGUAAUCUUUCCAUAAUUCUUUGUUUUUUGCAGCAUUUUUGUUAGUGUAACUGCAGAUUGUGCUGACAGUGUCUAUGGCAAAAAAAAAAAAAAAACUGAAAAUGCCUCAACAUGAACCCCUGGUGGUCUCUGAGGGUGAAACCUGCUAACUGCUGCAGCUCUGUCAGCUUUAGUCUCCCAUGCAGAGCUCGGAGCGCAUGUGUGGCUCUGCACCCUUAGCAGCGUUGCUAACUCCUCAGUAAGGAAAGCCUGCUUCAUGUCAGAGUCUCUAAACUCCAGAAGAAGUCGAUAAAAGUCCCUUUCUUUCUAAAAAAAAGUCGUUAGGGGGUCUGAAAAGUCAUUGAAUCUAACAACAAAGUCGCUAGGUUUGCAACUACGUGUCCCAGACUGCAUCCCUGCUGAGAGUUCCUCCCUCCCUUCUCAUGUUGCAGGAAGAACGUAAGCGCCCCCCUUGUCAAUCAGUCACCAUAUAAUUUUGGAUUGGUUGUUGUGGUGAAGUUUUCCACCAAUAGGAGAGAUGUUGUGGUGUGUUUUUUUUUUCUUUGGCAAGCCUUUUCCGCCUGUAAGACCUGUCGCUAAUGUCUGCAUGCUAUGUUUUCCUGUCUCAUACAGCGCGAUCGAGCGCCGAACGUGAUCAAAAUAAGCAGAAAAAAAGUAUCGCGGACAUAAUUUAUCAUAACUCUGGUUUUAUUUGGCCUAUCAACACAAUUUGAAAACUGGUGUAUAGUUUGAGGUCCUCACUUUUGAGAUAAGUUGAAACGGAGAGUCAACGAGGCUCCGUCUUGCUGCUACAUCCGGUUAAAUAUGUAAUGUGACUUGAACGCACACACAGACACACACACACGCACACACACACACACACACACACUCAGAGUCUGGUUUUUAGCACCUGCAAAAACAUGCUAUUUACAUAUUUGACAAGAAUGCAGAGGCUCCUUUUGCCCCUGAAAAAAAUCAAAUUUCAAACACAACUUGACUGCUCAUUUCUCCAAAAGACAACCAUGAAGCUCCAUCCAAACCUGAAGCAGGCAGUUGGUGCAUGUGUACAGUAACCUGAGGGGAGUGAGGUGAGUGCUUCUGAGGAGAACAUGAGCAGUGAAGAUUCACCUUGGAGCUAGAACAGAGACAUGCACAUGAUUAUACAGGGGCAGGGGCUCAAGUUUUUUCCAGUCGUUUAUACAAUAUGGAAAUUAAUGUGAAAUUAAAACACAAAGUAUUAAUAGAAAGGUAAUGACUGUCCUGUGUAGGUGACAGUGAUAUCCAAUAGGCUAGGCACUCACGAGGCUGGCUGUGGCAAGUGUAAGUGAAAGCAACACGCACUGGCAGGAAGAACAGCAAACGCCGAUGAAGGAAAAGGGUCUUUGCAGUGAUGGGCGUUACCAGAGAGGGCGAUGGCCAGAGGACACAAAUGGGACGGGGAGGCAGCACGUUGGGGGGGGGGACGCGACACGGCUCGGGCCCGCCAGUGCCCCAACGGGGUCCUAGUUAGGGCCCGAGCCAGCUGCAGAGCAGCCGGGCGUAGGCCCUAUUAUUCCCCAAGUGGUUUUUCUUUGUUUCUUUCUUUCUUAGGGCCCGAGCGUAGCUGCUAAGCAGCUGCGAGAGCCCUAUUGUUCCUGCAUGUUUCCUUCUUUUGUUAUUAUUAUUAUUAGGGCCCGAGCGUAGCUGCUAAGCAGCUGCGAGAGCCCUCUUGUUCCUGUAGUUUCCUUCUUUUGUUAUUAUUAUUAUUAUUAUUUUUCCUCCCCUUUGAACUGGAAAAUGGCCCACUUCCCACUGGCGAAAACUCAUGAAAUUUGGCAGGACGACCGGGCCUGGUGAAAAAUUUGAUAUUCCGAAGUCGCCCAAACAAGAAAAUGCAAAAUGGCUCCAUAGCGCCCCCUAAGGUGAAAAUUCACACUAUUCACUGUCACGCCUGUACGCUUUGGCAAAAUGACACAAAAAUUGACACACACAUGUAUCUCAAUAAGAUCUACAAAAAAGUCAGUGCGGGCGUAUCUGUCAAAUGUACGGUUAAAGGGUUAUUUCGCAUUUUUUGCCGAUCCGCACACAUUGGAAUUUCGCUAACUCCUCCGAAGGCUUUCGUUCCACCGGCACCACAUUUGCUCAGGCCAAUCUACACCCCAUGGCCAUUAAAAGUUAUUCAAAUCAUGACGCUGCACCCCACGGUUUAGGUUCUAGGGGGCGCCACAGAUAACCCUAAGAUCCACAUAUUUAAAAGUCUUAUAACUUUUUAUUUUUGCCCUCACUGGCCUCAAAGUUUUCUAGGAUGAUGCAAUGUCCAGCCAUCAACACAUUUGUGAAGGAAUUUUUACUCCCCAAAAGAGCGCCCCCCAUGGCAGGAGAAAAAAGUCCAUUUUUUCUUGUCCCCUAAGGUGAAAAUACACAUUGUUGAGUGUAACACCUGUACGCUUUGGCAAAAUGACACAAAAAUUGACACACACAUGUAUCUCAAUAAGAUCUACGAAAAAGUCAAUGCGCGCGUAUCUGUUAAAUGUACGGUUAAAGGGUUAUUCCGCAUUUUUUGCCGAUCCGCACACAUUGGAAUUUCGCUAACUCCUCCGAAGGCUUUCGUUCCACCGGCACCACAUUUGCUCAGGCCAAUCUACACCCCAUGGCCAUUAAAAGUUAUUCAAAUCAUGACGCUGCACCCCACGGUUUAGGUUCUAGGGGGAGCCAAAGAUAACCGUAAAAUCCACAUAUUUAAAAGUCUUAUAACUUUUUAUUUUUGUCCCCACUGGCCUCCAAGUUUUCUAGGAUGAUGCAAUGUCCAGCCAUCAACACAUUUGUGAAGGAAUUUUUACUCCCCAAAAGAGCGCCCCCCAUGGCAGGAGAAAAAAGUCAAUUUUUUCUUGUCCCAUAAGGUGAAAAAACACAUUGUUGAGUGUCACGCCUCUACGCUUUGUCAAAAUGACACAAAAUUUGACAAUCACGUGUAUCUCAAUAAGAUCUAUGAAAAAGUCAUGCGCAAAUAUCUGUAAAAUGUACGGUUAAAGGGCUAUUUUGCAUUUUUUGCCGAUUCGCACACAUUGGAAUGUGGCUAACUCCUCCUAAGGCUUUCGUCCCACUGACACCAAAUUUGCUCAGGCCAAUCUACACCCCAUGGCCAUUCAAAGUUGUAAAAAUCAUGACGCUGCACUUCACGGUUUACGUUCUAGGGGGUGCCAAAGAUGACCCAAAAAUCCACAUUCUUAAAAGAAUCCACAUCCCCCCCCCUCCCCCCAUGGCAGGAGAAAAAGUCAAGUUUUUCCUGCCCAUCGCUCAAUGGCUCAAUUGCAUCGCUCUCUCGGCAAAAGCGAAAGGAGGAGCAACUUGCCAUUUGGAUAUAUCCUAGCUGUGUUUGUGCCCUCACUCAUGGUCCAGACUUUUUUCAAAUAGGACAUGUAGUUUGUCUGCAGCGAGUGUUUUGGUAGAAACUGCGCCUCCCAUUCAUUAUAAUGGUAAAUGACCACAGACAAGUGCGCACUCCAUCUUUGGACCUAGAGUGUGACGCGAUCGGGAGGUGGAGGCGGUCGCGCUGGGGGCGGCGUGACGCGGCUCGGGCCCGACAGUGCCCCACCGGGGGCCCUAGUUAUUAUUUUUCCUCCCCUUUGAACUGGAAAAUGGCCCACUUCCCACUGGCGAAAACUCAUGAAAUUUGGCAGGACGACCGGGCCUGGUGAAAAAUUUGAUAUUCCGAAGUCGCCCAAACAAUAAAAUGCAAAAUGGCUCCAUAGCGCCCCCUAAGGUGAAAAUUCACACUAUUGACUGUCACGCGUGUACGCUUUGUCAAAAUGACACAAAAAUUGACACACACAUGUAUCUCAAUAAGAUCUACAAAAAAGUCAGUGCGGGCGUAUCUGUCAAAUGUACGGUUAAAGGGUUAUUUCGCAUUUUUUGCCGAUCCGCACACAUUGGAAUUUCGCUAACUCCUCCGAAGGCUUUCGUUCCACCGGCACCACAUUUGCUCAGGCCAAUCUACACCCCGUGGCCAUUAAAAGUUAUUCAAAUCAUGACGCUGCACCCCACAGUUUAGGUUCUAGGGGGCGCCAAAGAUAACCCUAAAAUCCACAUAUUUAAAAGUCUUAUAACUUUUUAUUUUUGUCCUCACUGGCCUCCAAGUUUUCUAGGAUGAUGCAAUGUCCAGCCAUCAACACAUUUGUGAAGGAAUUUUUACUCCCCAAAAGAGCGCCCCCCCAUGGCAGGAGAAAAAAGUCAAUUUUUUCUUGUCCCCUAAGGUGGAAAUUCACACUAUUGACUGUCACGCCUGUACGCUUUAUCAUAUUGACACAAAAAUUGACACACAUAUGUAUCUCAAUAAGAUCUACAAAAAAGUCAAUGCGCGCGUAUCUGUCAAAUGUACAGUUAAAGGGCUAUUUUGCAUUUUUUGCCGAUCCGCACACAUUGGAAUUUCGCUAACUCCUCCGAAGGCUUUCGUUCCACCGGCACCACAUUUGCUCAGGCCAAUCUACACCCCGUGGCCAUUAAAAGUUAUUCAAAUCAUGACGCUGCACCCCACAGUUUAGGUUCUAGGGGGCGCCAAAGAUAACCCUAAAAUCCACAUAUUUAAAAGUCUUAUAACUUUUUAUUUUUGUCCUCACUGGCCUCCAAGUUUUCUAGGAUGAUGCAAUGUCCAGCCAUCAACACAUUUGUGAAGGAAUUUUUACUCCCCAAAAGAGCGCCCCCCCAUGGCAGGAGAAAAAAGUCAAUUUUUUCUUGUCCCCUAAGGUGGAAAUUCACACUAUUGACUGUCACGCCUGUACGCUUUAUCAUAUUGACACAAAAAUUGACACACAUAUGUAUCUCAAUAAGAUCUACAAAAAAGUCAAUGCGCGCGUAUCUGUCAAAUGUACAGUUAAAGGGCUAUUUUGCAUUUUUUGCCGAUUCGCACACAUUGGAAUGUGGCUAACUCCUCCUAAGGCUUUCGUCCCACUGACACCAAAUUUGCUCAGGCCAAUCUACACCCCAUGGCCAUUCAAAGUUGUAAAAAUCAUGACGCUGCACCCCACGGUUUACGUUCUAGGGGGCGCCAAAGAUGACCCAAAAAUCCACAUUCUUAAAGGAAUCCACCCCCCCCCCCCCCCCAAGGCAGGAGAAAAAGUCAAGUUAACCCUGCCCAUCGCUCAAUGGCUCAAUCGCAUCGCUCUCCAGGCAACACCGUAAGGAGGAGCAACCCGCCAUUUCGAUAUAUCAUAGCUGUGUUUGUGCCCUCACUCAUGGUCCAGACUUUUUUCAAAUAGGACAUGAAGUUUGUCUGCAGCGAGUGUUUUGGUAGAAACUGCGCCUCCCAUUCAUUAUAAUGGGAAAUGACCACAGACAAGUGCGCACACCAUCUUUGGACCUUGAGUGUGACGCGAUCGGGAGGGGGAGGCGGUCGCGCUGGGGGCGGCGCGACGCGGCUCGGGCCCGCCAGUGCCCCAACGGGGUCCUAGUUUUUUCUUUUUCCUCCCCUUUGAACUGGAAAAUGGCCCACUUCCCACUGGCGAAAACUCAUGACAUUUGGCAGGACGACCGGGCCUGGUGAAAAAUUCGAUAUUCUGAAGUCGCCAAAACAAUAAAAUGCAAAAUGGCUCCAUAGCGCCCCCUAAGGUGGAAAUUCACACUAUUGCCUGUCACGCCUGUACGCUUUGUCAUAUUGACACAAAAAUUGACACACACAUGUAUCUCAAUAAGAUCUACAAAAAAGUCAGUUCGGCCGUAUCUGUCAAAAUUACGGUUAAAGGGUUAUUUCGCAUUUUUUGCCGAUCCGCACACAUUGGAAUUUCGCUAACUCCUCCGAAGGCUUUCGUUCCACCGGCACCACAUUUGCUCAGGCCAAUCUACACCCCGUGGCCAUUAAAAGUUAUCAAAAUCAUGACGCUGCACCCCAAGGUUUAGGUUCUAGGGGGCGCCAAAGAUAACACUAAAAUCCACAUAUUUAAAAGUCUUAUAACUUUUUAUUUUUGUCCUCACUGGCCUCCAAGUUUUCUAGGAUGAUGCAAUGUCCAGCCAUCAACACAUUUGUGAAGGAAUUUUUACUCCCCAAAAGAGCGCCCCCCCAUGGCAGGAGAAAAAAGUCCAUUUUUUCUUGUCCCCUAAGGUGAAAAUACACAUUGUUGAGUGUCACGCCUAUACGCUUUGUCAAAAUGACACAAAAAUUGACACACACAUGUAACUCAAUAAGAUCUACAAAAAAGUCCAUGCGCGCGUAUCUGUCAAAUGUACAGUUAAAGGGUUAUUCCGCAUUUUUUGCCGAUACGCACACAUUGGAAUUUCGCUAACUCCUCCGAAGGCUUUCGUUCCACCGGCACCACAUUUGCUCAGGCCAAUCUACACCCCAUGGCCAUUAAAAGUUAUUCAAAUCAUGAUGCUGCACCCCAUGGUUUAGGUUCUAGGGGGCGCCAAAAAUAACCCAAAAAUCCACAUUCUUAAAUGUUUUAUAACUUUUUAUUUUUGUCCUCACUGGCCUCCAAGUUUUCUAGGAUGAUGCAAUGUCCAGCCAUCAACACAUUUGUGAAGGAAUUUUUACUCCCCAAAAGAGCGCCCCCCAUGGUAGGAGAAAAAAGUCAAUUUUUUCUUGUCCCCUUACAUAAAAAUACACAUUGUUGAGUGUCACGCCUGAACGCUUUGUCAUAUUGACACAAAAAUUGACAAUCAUGUGUAUCUCAAUUAGAUCUACGAAAAAGUCAAAGAGCGCGUAUCUGUAUAAUGUACGGUUAAAGGGCUAUUUUGCAUUUUUUGCCGAUUCGCACACAUUGGAAUGUGGCUAUCUCCUCCUAAGGCUUUCGUCCCACCGAUACCAAAUUUGCUCAGGGCAAUCUACACCCCAUGCCCAUUCAAAGUUGUAAAAAUCAUGACGCUGCACCCCACGGUUUACGUUCUAGGGGGCGCCAAAGAUGACCCAAAAAUCCACAUUCUUAAAAGUCAUUUUGGCCACUGCAGGAGUACAGAGUACUGCAGUUCUAGGGGGCGCCAAAGAUGACCCAAAAAUCCACAUUCUUAAAAGUCUUUUUGGCCACUGCAGGAGUACAGAGUACUGCAGGAUACACACACAUAUACACACACGCCAACAUACACACACACACACACACACACACACACACACAGACACACACACACACUCAGAGUCUGUUUUUUAGCACCUGCAAAAACAUGCUGUUUACAUAUUUGACAAGAAUGCAGAGGCUUCCUUUUGCCCCUGAAAAAAAUCAAAUUUCAAACACAACUUGACUGUUCAUUUCUCCAAAAGACAACCAUGAAGCUCCAUUUCAAACCUGAAGCAGAUAGUUGGUGCAUGUGUACAGUAACCUGAGGGGAGUGAGGUGACUAUUUCUGAGGAGAACAUGAGCAGUGAAGAUUCACCUUGGAGCUAGAACAGGGACGUGCACAUGAUUAUACAGGGGCAGGGGCUCAAGUUUUUUCCAGUCAUUUAUACAAUAUGGAAAUUAAUGUGAAAUUAAACCACAAAUAUGUGUGAUGAACUGUUUUUAAAACUUAAACUUCAAAUAAAAAUUGUAAACUUCAAAACAUAUGCAAAUUUUUAACAAAGAACAUAGUAAUUUACCUCUAUUUACAUCAAAAUGCAGGCAAUGGCCCAGGCGUUCUUUGUAAAAUUAUUUACAAAACACUGUAUAGUCUCACAAAUGUCACUUUUUAUUUAUGCCACUACAAAAAAACAUGAUGUAAAUGAUGCAUGAUGUAAAACAUGAUGUAAAAAACUUGUGUAGAUCCUCCUCUAUGUCAGUCCAUGUGUAAUUUUUCCAUAAUUCUUUGUUUUUUGCAGCAUUUUUGUUAGUGUAACUGCAGAUUGUGCUGACAGUGUCUAUGGCACAAAAAAAAAAAAAUUAAAAUGCCUCAACAUGAACCCCUGGUGGUCUCUGAGGGUGAAACCUGCUAACUGCUGCAGCUCUGUCAGCUUCAGUCUCCCAUGCAGAGCUCUGAGUGCAUGUGUGGCUCUGCACCCUUAGCAGCGUUGCUAACUCCUCAGUAAGGAAAGCCUGCUUCAUGUCAGAGUCUCUAAACUCCAGAAGAAGUCGAUAAAAGUCCCUUUCUUUCUAAAAAAAAGUCGUUAGGGGGUCUGAAAAGUCAUUGAAUCUAACAACAAAGUCGCUAGGUUUGCAACUACGUGUCCCAGACUGCAUCCCUGCUGAGAGUCCCUCCCUCCCUUCUCAUGUUGCAGGAAGAACGUAAGCGCCCGCCCCUUGUCAAUCAGUCACCAUAUAAUUUUGGAUUGGUUGUUGUGGUGAAGUUUUCCACCAAUAGGAGAGAUGUUGUGGUGUGUUUUUUUUUUCCUUUGGCAAGCCUUUUCCGCCUGUAAGACCUGUCGCUAAUGUCUGCAUGCUAUGUUUUCCUGUCUCAUACAGCGCGAUCGAGCGCCGAACGUGAUCAAAAUAAGCAGAAAAAAAGUAUCGCGGACAUAAUUUAUCAUAACUCUGGUUUUAUUUGGCCUAUCAACACAAUUUAAAAACUGGUAUAUAGGUUGAGGUCCUCACUUUUGAGAUAAGUUGAAACGGAGAGUCAACGAGGCUCCGUCUUGCAGCUACAUCCGGUUAAAUAUGUCAUGUGAUUUGAACGCACACAUAGACACACACACACGCACACACACACACACACACACACACACACACACACACACACACACACACACACACACACACACACACACACACACACACUCAGAGUCUGGUUUUUAGCACCUGCAAAAACAUGCUAUUUACAUAUUUGACAAGAAUGCAGAGGCUCCUUUUGCCCCUGAAAAAAAUCAAAUUUCAAACACAACUUGACUGCUCAUUUCUCCAAAAGACAACCAUGAAGCUCCAUCCAAACCUGAAGCAGGCAGUUGGUGCAUGUGUACAGUAACCUGAGGGGAGUGAGGUGAGUGCUUCUGAGGAGAACAUGAGCAGUGAAGAUUCACCUUGGAGCUAGAACAGAGACAUGCACAUGAUUAUACAGGGGCAGGGGCUCAAGUUUUUUCCAGUCGUUUAUACAAUAUGGAAAUUAAUGUGAAAUUAAAACACAAAGUAUUAAUAGAAAGGUAAUGACUGUCCUGUGUAGGUGACAGUGAUAUCCAAUAGGCUAGGCACUCACGAGGCUGGCUGUGGCAAGUGUAAGUGAAAGCAACACGCACUGGCAGGAAGAGCAGCAAACGCCGAUGAAGGAAAAGGGUCUUUGCAGCGAUGGGCGUUACCAGAGAGGGCGAUGGUCAGAGGACACAAAUGGGACGGGGAGGCAGCACGUUGGGGGGGGGGGGGGGGGACGCGACACGGCUCGGGCCCGCCAGUGCCCCAACGGGGUCCUAGUUAUUAGGGCCCGAGCGUAGCUGCUAAGCAGCUGCGAGAGCCCUCUUGUUCCUGAUGGAUUCUUCUUUUGUUAUUAUUAUUAUUAUUAUUUUUCCUCCGCUUUAAACUGGAAAAUGGCCCACUUCCCACUGGCGAAAACUCAUGAAAUUUGGCAGGACGACCGGGCCUGGUGAAAAAUUCGAUAUUCUGAAGUCGCCCAAACAAUAAAAUGCAAAAUGGCUCCAUAGCGCCCCCUAAGGUGGAAAUUCACACUAUUGACUGUCACGUCUGUACGUUUUGUCAUAUUGACACAAAAAUUGACACACAUAUGUAUCUCAAUAAGAUCUACAAAAAAGUCAGUGCGGGCGUAUCUGUCAAAUGUACGGUUAAAGGGUUAUUUCGCAUUUUUUGCCGAUCUGCACACAUUGGAAUUUCGCUAACUCCUCCGAAGGCUUUCGUUCCACCGGCACCACAUUUGCUCAGGCCAGUCUACACCCCAUGGCCAUUAAAAGUUGUACAAAUCAUGACGCUGCACCCCACGGUUUAGGUUCUAGGGGGCGCCAAAGAUAACCCAAAAAUCCACAUUCUUAAAAGUCUUAUAACUUUUUAUUUUUGUCCUCACUGGCCUCCAAGUUUUCUAGGAUGAUGCAAUGUCCAGCCAUCAACACAUUUGUGAAGGAAUUUUUACUCCCCAAAAGAGCGCCCCCCCAUGGCAGGAAAAAAAAGUCAAUUUUUUCUUGUCCCCUUACAUGAAAAUACACAUUGUUGAGUGUCACGCCUGAACGCUUUGUCAUAUUGACACAAAAAUUGACAAUCAUGUGUAUCUCAAUUAGAUCUACGAAAAAGUCAAUGCGCGCGUAUCUGUCAAAUGUACGGUUAAAGGGCUAUUUCGCAUUUUUUGCCGAUUCGCACACAUUGGAAUGUGGCUAUCUCCUCCUAAGGCUUUCGUCCCACUGAUACCAAAUUUGCUCAGGGCAAUCUACACCCCAUGCCCAUUCAAAGUUGUAAAAAUCAUGACGCUGCACCCCACGGUUUACGUUCUAGGGGGCGCCAAAGAUGACCCAAAAAUCCACAUUCUUAAAAGUCAUUUUGGCCACUGCAGGAGUACAGAGUACUGCAGUUCUAGGGGGCGCCAAAGAUGACCCAAAAAUCCACAUUCUUAAAAGUCUUUUUGGCCACUGCAGGAGUACAGAGUACUGCAGGAUACACACACAUAUAUACACACACACACAGACACACACACACACACACACACACACACACACACACACACACACUCAGAGUCUGUUUUUUAGCACCUGCAAAAACAUGCUGUUUACAUAUUUGACAAGAAUGCAGAGGCUUCCUUUUGCCCCUGAAAAGAAUCAAAUUUCAAACACAACUUGACUGUUCAUUUCUCCAAAAGACAACCAUGAAGCUCCAUCCAAACCUGAAGCAGAUAGUUGGUGCAUGUGUACAGUAACCUGAGGGGAGUGAGGUGACUAUUUCUGAGGAGAACAUGAGCAGUGAAGAUUCACCUUGGAGCUAGAACAGGGACGUGCACAUGAUUAUACAGGGGCAGGGGCUCAAGUUUUUUCCAGUCAUUUAUACAAUAUGGAAAUUAAUGUGAAAUUAAAAAACAAAGUAUUAAUAGAAAGGUUAUGACUGUCCUGUGUAGAUGACAGUGAUAUCCAAUAGGCUAGGCACUCACGAGGCUGGCUGUGGCAAGUGUAAGUGAAAGCAACACGCACUGGCAGGAAGAACAGCAAACGCCAAUGAAGGAAAGGGUCUUUGCAGUGAUGGGCGUUACCAGAGAGGACAAUGGCCAGAGGACGCGAAUGGGACGGGGAGGCAGCGCGUUGGGGGGGGCAGCGCGACACAGCUCGGGCCCGCCAGUGCCCCAACGGGGCCCUAGUUAUUAUUAUUUUUCCUCCGCUUUAAACUGGAAAAUGGCCCACUUCCCACUGGCGAAAACUCAUGAAAUUUGGCAGGACGACCGGGCCUGGUGAAAAAUUCGAUAUUCUGAAGUCGCCCAAACAAUAAAAUGCAAAAUGGCUCCAUAGCGCCCCCUAAGGUGGAAAUUCACACUAUUGACUGUCACGUCUGUACGUUUUGUCAUAUUGACACAAAAAUUGACACACAUAUGUAUCUCAAUAAGAUCUACAAAAAAGUCAGUGCGGGCGUAUCUGUCAAAUGUACGGUUAAAGGGUUAUUUCGCAUUUUUUGCCGAUCCGCACACAUUGGAAUUUCGCUAACUCCUCCGAAGGCUUUCGUUCCACCGGCACCACAUUUGCUCAGGCCAGUCUACACCCCAUGGCCAUUCAAAGUUGUACAAAUCAUGACGCUGCACCCCACGGUUUAGGUUCUAGGGGGCGCCAAAGAUAACCCAAAAAUCCACAUUCUUAAAAGUCUUAUAACUUUUUAUUUUUGUCCUCACUGGCCUCCAAGUUUUCUAGGAUGAUGCAAUGUCCAGCCAUCAACACAUUUGUGAAGGAAUUUUUACUCCCCAAAAGAGCGCCCCCCCAUGGCAGGAGAAAAAAGUCAAUUUUUUCUUGACCCCUUACAUGAAAAUACACAUUGUUGAGUGUCACGCCUGAACGCUUUGUCAUAUUGACACAAAAAUUGACAAUCAUGUGUAUCUCAAUUAGCUCUACGAAAAAGUCAAAGAGCGCGUAUCUGUAUAAUGUACGGUUAAAGGGCUAUUUCGCAUUUUUUGCCGAUUCGCACACAUUGGAAUGUGGCUAUCUCCUCCUAAGGCUUUCGUCCCACUGAUACCAAAUUUGCUCAGGGCAAUCUACACCCCAUGCCCAUUCAAAGUUGUAAAAAUCAUGACGCUGCACCCCACGGUUUACGUUCUAGGGGGCGCCAAAGAUGACCCAAAAAUCCACAUUCUUAAAAGUCAUUUUGGCCACUGCAGGAGUACAGAGUACUGCAGUUCUAGGGGGCGCCAAAGAUGACCCAAAAAUCCACAUUCUUAAAAGUCAUUUUGGCCACUGCAGGAGUACAGAGUACUGCAGUUCUAGGGGGCGCCAAAGAUGACCCAAAAAUCCACAUUCUUAAAAGUCUUUUUGGCCACUGCAGGAGUACAGAGUACUGCAGGAUACACACACAUAUACACACACGCCAACACACACACACACACACACACACACUCAGAGUCUGUUUUUUAGCACCUGCAAAAACAUGCUGUUUACAUAUUUGACAAGAAUGCAGAGGCUUCCUUUUGCCCCUGAAAAAAAUCAAAUUUCAAACACAACUUGACUGUUCAUUUCUCCAAAAGACAACCAUGAAGCUCCAUCCAAACCUGAAGCAGAUAGUUGGUGCAUGUGUACAGUAACCUGAGGGGAGUGAGGUGACUAUUUCUGAGGAGAACAUGAGCAGUGAAGAUUCACCUUGGAGCUAGAACAGGGACGUGCACAUGAUUAUACAGGGGCAGGGGCUCAAGUUUUUUCCAGUCAUUCAUACAAUAUGGAAAUUAAUGUGAAAUUAAAAAACAAAGUAUUAAUAGAAAGGUAAUGACUGUCCUGUGUAGAUGACAGUGAUAUCCAAUAGGCUAGGCACUCACGAGGCUGGCUGUGGCAAGUGUAAGUGAAAGCAACACGCACUGGCAGGAAGAACAGCAAACGCCGAUGAAGGAAAAGGGUCUUUGCAGUGAUGGGCGUUACCAGAGAGGGCGAUGGCCAGAGGACACGAAUGGGACGGGGAGGCAGCGCGUUGGGGGGGGGGCGGCGCGACACGGCUCGGGCCCGCCAGUGCCCCAACGGGGCCCUAGUUUUGAUUGUUUUCUUAAAAAAACCCUGACUGAUCCCAGGCUGCUUUCACUAACCCAGAAUAACAAAGCAGUGUUUCACAGAGUGCAGACUACAGUGCAAGUUGGCUGGUUUUCAGAUUUUCUCAUCUUGAUUAGGACCUAAGAUAAAUACUAAUAUGUGUUUUCACUCUGAUUUAAACUCUCAGGUACAAAAAGCUUCAAAGAGCACGGUCACAGGAUGCUGUUGAUCUGGUUUCAUGGAGUGGCGGUAGCAGGGGAAAACCCGAUCAAAGGCCUCUAUGAGGGGCUGGUUGAAAUCUCACGGACAGACUUGGCAGGUGAGCACACAGAUCUUCGCUGUAAGUAGUGCCUUUAUGAUACUGGCUAUCACAUCUAAAAAAAAAACUCUGCAUCAUGAUGCAGGGUUUAAAAAAAAGCAUUUUCUAUCAGCAUUUUCUUCAGUUGCUUAGCGAUAGAGUUUGGUCUUUCUUUGAUCCACUGUGUGAGACUGAGCUGCACCCCUCUCUGACUUUACUGGGUCUUCCAGGGCUCCUGGAUCAUUUAGUAGUUUCAGAGAUUUUCCUUUUUUUAGUAUGUGACCAUCACUUUCUGCUCAGUCAUUUCCUAAUUGAUAAAAACUGUAAGAUAGUGUGUUUAUGUGGUGUGAUAUGUACAUGCACAUGUAACAAGCAAACGUCUGUUGUUAUUCUUUUAACCUUUCAGAGAGUGUCCGGCAGAAAGCAAAUGCAGAGACAAGCUCCACUAAAAUGUGCUCUACAAUGUGAUCAAUGCUGUGAGUGAGUGACUGCAAACCCAACAAAGUUUCAUAUCCCAGAACAGAGCUGACCAAAAGCACUUAUUCAUAGUAUUUUUGUUUACAUAUUCACAUGCUGGAUAUACUGUCAUUGUUCUGAACGUGGUUUACACAGCUUUUCUUUUCUUUGGGUGAGGGAAUAGGAUUUUUCAGUGCUGUACCAAUAUUUGUUUUCUUUUUGGAUUGCAUGCAGUUACCUCUUUCUGAGACCGCACUUCUCAGAAGCUCUCUUCACAUAUGCACUCUGGAAAUUUACAGGAAAAUUCAAGACAACCUGCCUCUUAAAUUUCCAAAGCUGUUCAAACUUGGCUUAUCUCAACUUCUUACAGAAGUCUGAGACAGGACAGAGGACAGGAUGUAGCUACAGUUAAUUUAGUCUUACACUGGAAACCCUUCGGCUUGAUCAUCACCAACCUGCCUUCACUUUUAGUUUUGCUGUUUGAGCUAAAUUGUAACCAUAACUGAACGAAGGGCAAAUUCAAGAUGUGAUUCAGCCUGACUUUGUUCAGCAAAAACAGGCUUUUUCCAAAUGUGUACUGCUCUAAGAAUAAUGAGCAGACUCCUCAGACUGUCCUGGACUGUCAACUAAAAGCAGUUUUUCAAGUCAGAGAGGGAGCAGUUUAUUCAUGUAGCAAGAACCUGAAUUUAAUUUUUAACCUUUGAUUAUGAAAUGGACAGCAUAAAGACCAAUUAAAGCUCUUCAUAAAAACACUGGACUAAUAAGGAAAGUGUUUACUUAAGUCUUGAAUCAAGUCAGAAGUUGUCAGUCUGCAUUUGGACUUAGGAGUUCUGGACUUUUAAAUGAGUGCAGUUUUCAAACACUUUCAGACUCAGAGACCAUGUCAGUCCUCUCCUCUAUGAGUUUAGAUUUUACCUGAGUCAUGUUUUCGGUCAUGUAGCUGAUGGGUAACAUCUAUUAUCAGGCUCAUCAUCACAAUCUGUACAAUGGCAGGUUUUAAAGGGAUUGAGCAUACUGUAUUUAUAGACAUGUUCACAGUCAGCUUAUUAAAGUCUACCAUGAUAUUUGAAGCCUGAAAUGAGAGCAGUGCUCAGGUCAUUUGAUAAAAACUGUAAAAUCAUAAAAAGCUUCAUUCAUGUAUUCAGUUUCUGCCAUCGUGAAUGGAGAUUUGAAAGUCUGUCCCCAUCACCUGAUGCUUUCUGUACUGAGGGUUAAAUUAAUGUAUGCUAAUUAUAUUUGUUUCUUUCCAUCAUAAUUAUGAUCACUGUCAGAGUUAAUUGUUUCUUUCUUUACUUUAUAUAACACUGUGGCUUUGUAAACAGCAAGGCCUAAAAAUUUAAUAUUCAAUCAUGAAAUGCUUCACAUAAAAAAGACAAAUAGAUAAAGCAAUAUAUAUAUUUUUUAUAUUACAUGACUUAUCCUUUAUUGCACAAUAAAGGUUUAAAGAUGUUUUGCAUAAUUAAACCUUUCUGAUCUUAUAAUGUCAUAACCAUGGCAUUUGGUUCAAAUUUAUGUUUGGUUAAUAUUCUUUGUUUAAUUAAUAACCAGUUUUAAUAGCGUCAGCUUGUGGAGGGAAGGAGGGGUCAAUCCAGUAUGCUUUGAAACUGAACAAACUAACUGCUGUUCCCUGAUCAUUGAAGAAAAACUCCAGAUUAGCUCGGAUCUAAAAGUUGAAAUCAGGACAUUUCAACUGUUAUUUAAACUGUAUUUCUGAGCUUCUUUCAUACCAUCCUCAACCUGGUAAAUUCAUCAUCAUACAAGGAAAAAAAUCUGAUGUUUGCAUCUGAGCUCUAAAAACAUUACUCUCCCCUCUGCUUAGUAAGUAGAGUAAAGCUGCAGCACACAUGCACACACACACACACGCACACUCAGAUUGCUCAGUAUGAAUCAUUUCACCACAGAAAACAUGUAAACUUUCAAAUAAACUAACCAGCAUCUUUGUAGUUGCUUAUUUAGUUGUUGUAGGUGCACUGAGGUGGGGUUUUAAACUGUUAUUAUCAACAGUUGGACCUCUGUAUAGGCGGCAGCUCUUCAGACUUUGUGCUCUGUUCUCGUGGCCUUAAAAGUGAUUUUAUAACAUCAGAUCUACUUUUAGUUUGGUCAUAACUUUUUAAAUUUAAAAAAGCACAGUGAUUAAUCACUGAGCACAAGUGACAUGAGCUUAGUUUAUUCCUCAGUUUCUCUAAAGCACAAGUGAACAUGAAUCACAGCUCACUAUUUAUACCAUUUCUGCUGUAAACACUCAGAAGACUCUGCACCACCAAGUCUUAACUCUAACCUGCUGUCCUUACCACAGCUGUAAAUGCAUGCUAUAGACUGAAAAACUAUGUUUCAAAGGAGGAAAAUGACUGUGAUGAGCAGCUUUCAGCAAAAUGUCUUAGAUCGCCAGAUCCACACUGAACUUUGUAACCACUAAAGAGGUCAAAACAAGUUCAGAGUUAGUUUGGUCCAAACUUUGAUCCUUUGGUCUCUGUGUUGUUGUUUUUUUUAGGUCUGUACCUCCUUAUGAACUUGGACAUUUUAAUACUGGGUCACUAACUGAUAGGUGUAUAUAAUGUUAAUGCUAUAUAAAAUGUGGGCUAUUUUUGCAUGGUUUCAAACUAUUAAACCAGUUUCAGAAUACUAUCAAACAUUAAUGACAGCAGUUUGGUAAGGAUUCAUGUGUUUAUUUUUAUGGUUUAAUAGCCCUGCACUGUUCUGUGAUUUGCACUGCUUCAUUUCAACAUGAUUGUAACAUGCUGCGAUCACUGCUGCUGUACAAACUCAGCAUUAAAAGCAGUGAAAGUAUGUGUGUUUUUUUGUUGGACGCAGCCAAACUUUUCUCACUAAGCUCAGUCAAAAUAGCUGUUUGCAUGAGUUUAAAAAGUCACCUGUGGGAGAGAUUACUGUAUGUAAAAAUACAACGAUGCAAUAACUUGUUGUGUACCAGUGCCAGUUUCUUUUA